AUGACCUCAACGCUCGGGAAGAGAAAAGAACGGGAAGAGGGCAGCCAUGGCUCCACUCUUUUCGUAUCCAAUCUACCGUACACAGCAACAUCUGUAGACAUCCAGACGCUUUUUUCUGAUAUUGCCCCCGUGCGAUCUGCAUUCGUGGUUUUGGAGCAGGGUACGGGAGUUUCUAAAGGGGUUGGGUAUGUCUCUUUCGCCCUACGAGAAGAUGCGGAAUCAGCGCUUGAAACCAUCGAGCGCGACGGAAUUUCCUUAGUGGGUCGCAAGCUGCGGGUUCAGUGGGCCGAUCAUAAGCCCAAAGAAAAUGAGAAACCGGCGCCCAGCAAACCUAUUGGUGAACGCAAGGCACGGCCGCCUCAGCCGCCACGUCCACCAAAUGACCCUCUCGCUAUUCGCACCUUGGUUGUUUCAGGACUUCCUCCUUCGAUAGACUCUAAGACUCUUUGGAAGAAGAUGCGCAAGUAUACUGGUGCUGAAGACGUUGUCUGGCCUGUCAAAGUGGAUGGCCAAAAUGAUGAUCCCACGACCGCACACGUCCACUUUUCUACCCCGGAACUAGCUAACAAAGCAGUCGAUAAAUUACAUGCCCACAUCUUCAAGGGAUCCCAUCUCUCGGCUACCCUCAAGAAGAGAUUAGAUAAAAGUGGGCAUAUCCCUGCGACUGAAGGAACAACAUCGGCAAAGGCUGCCACUCCUAACCGAGCCAGUCGACUAAUCGUACGAAACCUUCCAUGGGACACGACGGAUCAAGACCUACGUGCCAUGUUCCUCCCCUACGGCCCUAUAUUCUCUAUCCACAUUCCUACCACACCAAACGACAACGAAGAGGAAACUAAAGUGCGUGCGAAAGGAUUCGCGUUUGUUUGGAUGGUGAGUAAGAAGGACGCUGAAAGAGCUUUGGCGGAGUGCAAUGGGAAGACUCUGCGCCCAGGCCUGGCUGCGACGUUGGCUGCAGAUAAGCAGAAGAAAAAGAAACAGCGUCGGAUAGAGCAGAAGCUACGAGCCACCGCUGAAGGCACUGCUGCCGACGGCGCUGAAGACGUGGAGAUCACGGAGACAGGGCGGGUUAUAGCUGUGGAUUGGGCGUUGAGUAAGGAUAGGUGGGCGGAGGAGAAGGCGAAACUGGAGGCAGAUGAAGAAGUAGAAAAGGGGUCUGACGUGUCCAUGGAGAGUGGCGAUGAAAAUAAUGACGAGGAGAGUGAUGAUUCUGGUGCUAGUCAACUCGGUGUCCACGACGGUGACGACGACGACGAAUUUUCUCGCGAUGGUGCUAGCGACGUCGAAUCUGAAGAAGAGCCGGUGAAGCCACAACUCCCGGCCACAGAUGUAGGGACAACGUUAUUUGUUCGAAAUGUUCCAUUCACCGCCACCGACGACGAGCUUAGAACAUUAUUCAGAGCAUUUGGACCCCUGCGAUAUGCUCGCAUCACUAUGGAUCAUGACACAGGCCGUUCUCGUGGGACCGGCUUUGCAUGCUUUUGGAACAAGGAGGACGCCGAUAAAGUCAUAGAACAAAGCGAUCUUCUCCGCGCCGAAACUACGGGUACUUCUAUCACUGUGCGUUUAUACUCAGUGAUUCACGCGAAUCCAUUCACUCUUCCAUCUAUUUUGACUCCCGAUCCCUCAUCUUCGUUGGCACGGAGUCUUGUCCUGCACGGUCGCACGCUUGACGUUGUCAGAGCAGUUACGAGAGACGUCGCACACAAACUCAAGGAAGAAGGCGAGAAGCAAAGAGAGAAGGCGGACAAACGCAAUCUCUACCUAUUGCGUGAGGGAGUUAUCUUUGCCAAUACUCCGGCUGCCGAUUCGCUCAGCGCCACAGAAGUAGAACGCCGUACAAACUCUUACAGUGCCCGCAAGUCUUUGCUUCGAACAAACCCCUCUCUCUUCAUCUCGAAAACACGCCUGAGUAUAAGGCAGAUCCCCAUUUUUGUCACCGAGCGUAUGCUCAAGCGCUUAGCGAUACACGCUACACGCGCGUUCGAAGACGAUGUUCGUGAAGGACGCAGGAGUGCCUUAACCGAAGACGAACUUACCAAUGAGCCUGUUGGGGAGGGGGAUGAGAACCUCCCUCCCGCCAAGGGCAAAAAGCCUCGCGGUACUCGCAACACUGGGGUGAAGCAAGCCAAGAUCGUCCGACAGCAAGAACGCGUGGACCCCAUCACAGGCAAGGGGCGUAGCAAGGGUUACGGAUUCCUCGAAAUGCAUAAACACGCUGAUGCUCUUCGAGUAUUGCGAUGGGCGAACAACAAUGCGGAGGUUAUGACGUUGUUCCGAGGCUGGUGGAAGGAGGAAUUGAAGGAUCUCAUGAAGGUUGAGAAAGAGCGGCUCAAGGAAACGAAAGAGACUGACGAUGCCCGCCUGCAACGGAUGAAGGCUGAGUCCGAGGGUGGGCCUCCAAAGGGCGGGAAGGACACUUUGAUCGUUGAGUUCUCGAUUGAGAAUAUCCAGGUUGUGCAGCGACGCGCCGCUUUAGCAUCCAAUCCCUCAAGGAAAAAUGAUCAAGAGACAGUGCCCGACGAUUCCAAACGAACGACCAAACCGCAUCGCUCACGAACGGACGCGUCACCCAAGGACGACAAUUUGGUGGAGGAGUCGAAAUCUUCUCUAAAAAAGCGACGUAUAUCUACGGUCGCACCCCCGACAUCGGCGAAGGAGGCGAAGGAGCAGGGAGACGGCCUUGGUAAUAAACUAGGCUCGCUCAUCGGCAGAAAACGCAAGCAGCGAAUGGCGAAGAAAAAAUGA